GUGGACACAUCCACCAUGACCCGGGACCAACUAGAGACCUUUGCCUUACGGCUGAAAGCCGAAAUGGAAAGGGAAAGGGAAGAACGCAACUAUUUUCAAAUGGAAAGAGAUAAAAUUCGUACAUUUUGGGAAAUAAGUCGUGGAAAAUUUCAGGAAGUUACAGCGGAAAUUAGAAAAAAGGAUCAUGAAAUCGAAAUGACUCAGGAAAUAGCUGAUUUGGAAGCCAAGCAGAUUAUGCAGCAAAUGAAACAUUUACAAUUUGAAAAUGCAGAUAAAAUUAGUCAAAUACGUGCAGAGGCAAUGACGCGUUUAAAAGUAGCUCAAGAAGAUCACGUAACACAGCAACUGGAAUUACUUAAAGAUAAAAGGGAACUGCGAAGGCUACUGCGUGAAACUGAGGAAGUACAUGAGAUGCAGAUGCAAGAACUUAAAAUGACAAAUGUAGAAGAAGUUCACUAUAAUGAGUGCCCAGUCGAUAAACGCAUAACAUUCGAGAGAGACGUCAAGGAUAUGGAACUUCUGCAUGAGGAGAAAAUGUUGGUAUUGAAAAAUGAGAUUGAAUUGGUCUAUCGCAUGCAGAUGUUUGAAGUCGAGGAACGCAAAAAUACUCAAAUACAAAAAUUAAUCGAUAAUCAUGAUUCGGCGUUUAAUGACAUGAAAAAUUAUUACAACGACAUUACUCUCAACAAUUUAAGUUUGAUUAGUUCACUUAAACAACAGAUGGAAGCAUUACGUAAGCAAACGGAGCGAAGUGAACGUUUAGCAGCCGAUAUGAUACAAGAGAAUCGCAAGCUUAAAGAACCUUUAGAGCAGGCUCAGCAAGAACUACAAUUGUUAAGACGUAAGCUCGAGUUUUAUGAUCGUGAUCGUGCUCAAUUAAUGCGCUUAAAAGUUCGCAACGCUUAUGUCGAAAAACAAUUGCAAGCUUUAACUUGGGAAACGGACGCUCUUUUAUUGCGCAACGACACCUUGGUCAAAGAACGAGAAGAGUUGAAAGAAAAAUUCGAAGAAGUUGUUAUAGAAUUACAGCAGAAGACCGGUCUAAAGAACGUCUUACUUGAACGUAAGAUUGCCAUAAUGGAGAAGGAGGGAGAGAAGCAAAAGCAAUUGCUUAAAGAAACAAUGGACCGCUGCGUGGAUACCAAGGAUCCAGCAAUUAGGAAAUUAGAUGCGAAAGCACGAGAGGCAAGUGUGGAAAAUGUGCUGGAGGAAAAGAAUCGUGUAAUACAUGAACUAAGUUAUGAAUUAGCGCGCAUUACUAAGGCACAUGAUGACCUAUUGGCAACCUAUGAAUCGAAAUUGGCACAGUUUGGUAUACCGAAAGAAGAGUUAGGCUUCGAGCCGCUACGUAAAACAGUCAAAUGGAAUUAUAUGUGCGGCCCGGCCGGUCUAGUGACCGAAAACCAAUAA